AUGGCCGAAAUUAGACGCAAGUUGGUUAUCGUCGGUGACGGUGCCUGUGGAAAGACCUGUUUGUUGAUUGUGUUCUCCAAGGGAACUUUCCCUGAGGUGUAUGUUCCCACUGUUUUCGAGAACUAUGUCGCCGAUGUAGAGGUCGAUGGAAAGCAUGUAGAACUCGCUCUUUGGGAUACUGCCGGCCAGGAGGAUUAUGAUCGUCUUCGCCCUCUCUCGUACCCCGACUCUCACGUUAUUCUGAUCUGUUUCGCGAUCGACUCACCCGACUCGCUCGACAACGUUCAAGAGAAGUGGAUUUCUGAGGUCCUUCACUUUUGUCAAGGUCUCCCAAUCAUUCUCGUUGGAUGCAAAAAGGAUCUCCGACACGAUCAGAAGACCGUCCAGGAGCUCUCCAAGACCUCCCAGAAGCCAGUAACCGAAGCUGAGGGUGAUGCUGUCAAGAAGGUCAUCCACGCAGACCGUUACCUUGAGUGCUCGGCCAAGACCAACGAGGGUGUCCGCGAAGUUUUCGAGCACGCAACCCGUUGUGCCCUACUACAGAAAAAGCCAAAGCAUCGCAAGACAUGCAGCAUCUUGUAA